CCUUCGGUGCUACGGCAACAUGUGGUCAGAAAUGUAUCGCAGGAACGCCGUACCGCUCGACAGGCGCACUAGGUGGGCGCACCGAGCUGCCAGAUUGACAUGCUCUCUUUUGGCAAAAACAGCUCUCUGUGGUUAUUGAUUGCAAGCGCUCUCGGGGCCAAGCGGUCAACGGGGCUAUCAAGCAGUCUCAUUGAUCUAUCUUCGACCGCCCCGCAGCAAAGAGCAUGCGCGCGAUGGGUCAUCAAUUGCUGCUGGCAAGCUGUCUCCUCUCCAUCACCACGCACGCGCUCCAGUCUCCCGCGCGGACGUGGCACGACAUCAAGUGGACGCCCACGAGCAUGCGCUACUACGCCACGCGCCCGCCCAAGGACCUGCCCGCCAAUAAUCAGACGACCUUCGUCGCAUGCGUCCGACACUUCCUCGUCAAGCGCCGGCGCGCGCUCCUCUACGUGGCGUAUUUCGCCCUGGGCGUCGCGCCGGCGAAGGCCGUGCACCACGACAAGUGGACGGCGCUGCGCCAAAAGCCGGCUGACCUCGGCGGCAUUCGGACGAGACGGCGGCGCGCCCAGGCGAUCUCGCAAUUCGCCGGAAUUGGCUACUCGCCGCGCGUCGUGGCGCUCGCGGGCUUAAUGCUCCGGGCGCUGGUCAAGUGUUUUAGGGCACCUCUCGAGCCGUCGAUCGGCUUCGGGGUGGGCACGAAGCUCGCGGCUCGGUACGCCCAUCGGGAAUGGCUGCCGUGCCUCGUGCUUGGGUGGUAUGCGGGCGGGCCCCUGUGGGACGCUGUGCGGAAAUCAAAAUUUUACGGCGCGUUCGUGCUGAAUCGCCGCGUCGUCCUCCACGCCAUCGACGCGACGCCUGCUCGAUGGCGUGGCGAUGCCGGUUCCUCGCCGCUCGACCGAGCCAGGACGGCCGCGUCAUCGCCUAGAAAUGACUUCGUGAUGAAUUGUCGGGUGCCCGACUCACUGGUUGAUUUCCACACAGGUGGGACGUCCUGGACGUGAAGCCGCCGGCCUGGAACAAGGGCGUCCCCAUCGUCGUGAAUCGCGUGCGUCCCGGCUGGAAGUGGCCAACAAGGGGCGGUGCCCUGAUACAGCCCGGCGUCUGGGAGCAAGGCGCGCCGCGCGAGUCGAACGCGAAGCUGCUCUUGGAUCUGCGGGCGGAGAUGCCGGGCGAGAGGGCGGCGGAACAGCGGCUGCUGACUUUGUUCUAUGCCACACGAAGAAUAGUCGAUGCGGCCGGCCGCGCAUUGCCGCAGGGGCAGGCCGUCGACGCGUGUCUAUACAACGAACCGUUUGACCGCGGCGACGCCAUCGGCGCGGGAGUACCUUGCCUCCUCGAAGCGGAUGGCGCGCUCGUCGUCGCCAAGGAUCGAACGCCGUGGGAGUUGAGCACGUUCGAGCCCGCGACUGAUUUCGAGACGCUCGAGAAGGCCCUGGCGUCGGCGGAGGCGGUAGCCAUCCCGCCAGACGCACGGCUCUGGGCAUUCGCGCUGACCGGCGCGACGAGUGACGAAGAGAACGAUUCCUUCUAAGUCUAGUAUGUAUCAACUUAAUGGGGAACGGGCGGAACUCUA